CGGUUGCCUGGCGACGAGGCGCCUGGCGAGUAUGGAGUGAGGAGAUGAGUUAGAGGCUCGUGCGUCGGAGAAGAUGGCCUUGCUUGAGUGGGGGGUGAAGAGGAGCGAGACCACCCGAAAGGGGAGAAGCGCGCCGUGAAGCCGCCUCCCUUCCGCGCCCUGCAGAGAGUUGCUUGACACCCAUGAUUCCCAGCCAGCGCGGCCAAUGGGUGUUGCAGUCAAUCGCCUUGAAGGGCAUCAGGUUGGGGGAAGGUGAGGCGGCUGACGGAUUUCGCCCACCCGGCCUAUAUUCACAACGACGCUGUGAGGAGGCUGCAAUUCCUCUCUCAGCCCGACUCCCCGCAUGCUUGGAAAGGGGAGAGGAUCGUGUGUGCCACCCUGGAAAAUAAACAUUUUCUUACGGAGUGUUGCUGGGGCUGCUUUGUUCUCCAAAGGAACGAACAUGUCCAUCUGUUUACAUUUGCAGGUGCUGACGACUUCCUAACAUUUUUCUCAGUGCACCAAAGCUGAGAUCUGUUUUCUCCCGAACAGGUGAGGCAUGACUGAUUCUUCAUGGUUGCAUUUCUGGAGUUUAGCAGCUCGCAAACUGAGUUUGGAAUACAUUCCAUUUGUACAAUGGUUUGGGUCUUUGUUUCCCCAAAAAGCUGUAAGGACACCUGAAGAGUGUACUCGACAGUUCCAGUCCAAUAUAUUGGCUAUGUUAAUCCACAUCAAGAUAUUCUGACCUUUUUACAUGUCUAUUCUGUAUUUAGCUCUUAUUUCCCAAUGUUUUGUGAAUUCUCAUUGGAGAUAUGGGUCAGUGACAGCUGGCAUACUUCCUAUCUGUUACAAGACUCAAAUUUUCUUUGCUGGGGAAGAGCAAAGAUCUGUUUCUGCCAUUAUCUUUUACUGCCUUGGAAUGUUUCUAAGUACUGGAUCUUGUGAUCUUCAGGAAGAGGACUUCUGCUAGAGGCUCAUGCUCCAGAAUUGUGCCUCCAGGGUGCCUAUACAGCAGCGGUUUAUGCAGAUUCUGGCUGCCAGAUCCAUGUCAGAAACCCACUCUUUGGAGCACAAUUACUGCAGUAUUGUUCAAGCCUGGGACAGGUGAAAGAAGACACAUGAAAGACCAUAUCAAGUGUUUCAGAAAAAAAGAUCAGUAGCCAGAGGUGGCAGAGAAUUUUGGGCACUGAGACAAGAUGAAGAAGCGGGGGAAAGACCAACAAAAUACACAGAGAAGAAAAAAUACACAGAGAAGAAAGAGAGUGAAGAAACGCUUUGUGCAUAGAAAAACGUCAGCCCAGAAAUCAACACUUGAUGACCAUUCUUCAAAUCACAAAGGCAGCAAACGAUAUAAAUGCCUCGAGUGUGCGACUAGUUUCAAGCGGAGUACAGACCUUCUCUCGCAUCAAAGAAUACACACAGGAGAGAAACCAUUUAGUUGUCCGAAUUGUGGAAAAUCUUUUAAUCAGAAGGGAGCACUUAAUAUCCAUCAAAGAAUACACUCAGGAGAGAAGCCAUUUAAAUGCUCAGAGUGUGGAAGGAGAUUCAGUCAGAGCGGAGCCCUUCAAGCACAUAAAAGAACUCACACAGGGGAGAAACCAUUUAAAUGCUUGGACUGUGGAAAGUGUUUCAAACAAAAUGGUUAUCUUAGAACACAUCAAAGAUCACAUACAGGGGAGAAACCAUUUGCAUGUUUACAGUGUGGAAAGACUUUUUGUCACAAAAAAAGUCUUAUUUGUCAUCAGAUAAUUCACAUAAAAGGGAACCCAUUUAAAUGCCUGGAAUGUGGAAAAAGCUUCAGUCAGGAGCAUGUCCUAGAAUCACAUCAGAGAAUUCACACAAAUGAAAAGCCAUUUGAAUGUUUGCAGUGUGGAAAGAGCUUCCGCCUCAAACGAAGCCUUACAAAUCACCAAAUAAUUCACACAGAAGACAAUCCAUUUAAAUGCCUGGAGUGUGGAAAGACCUUCAGCCGGAAGCAUCAUCUUACUGCACAUCAAAGAGUUCACACAAGAGAAAAACUCACAUUUGAGUGUUCGCAAUGUGGAACGCAUUUUGAUCACAAGCAGAACCUUACUGUUCAUCAGAAGAGUCACAAACAAGAAAAGCCAUUUAAAUGCCUGCAGUGUAGGAAGAGAUUUAGGAACAGGGGUGGUCUCAGAACGCACAAAAAAUUCCACGUUGAAGGAACACUGUAUACUUGCCUGCAGUGUGGUAGAAGAUUCAAGCGGAAGCACAUGCUUCUUUCCCACCAAAGAACUCACACAGGGGAGAAACCAUAUGUAUGCUCAGUGUGUGGAAAGAGAUUCUACCAGAUAAGUGCCUUUAAAUGUCAUCAGAGAACACACACAGGAGAGAAGCCCUAUCAGUGCUUGAAGUGUAGAAAGAGCUUCAGUCUGAAAUUUUUUCUCACACUACAUCAAACCAUUCAUUCAAAGGAAAAACCAUUUAAAUGCUUGGAAUGUGGAAAGAAUUUUAGUCGCAAGACAUACCUCUCUUUACAUCAAAAAACUCACACUGGGGAAAAACCAUACAAAUGCUUGUGGUGUGGAAAAAGUUUUAGUCUAAGACCAUAUUUUAAAUUUCAUAAAAGAAUUCACAGAGCAGACAAGCCAUAUAGAUGCUUGGAGUGUGGGAAGACCUUUAGGCAGAAAGCACGCUUUUCCUUACAUCAAAGAAUUCACACAGGAAACAAACUAUUUAAAUGUUUGAAGUGCAGAAAGGGCUUCAAUCGAAGGAAAUCACUUAGAUCUCAUAAAAGAACUCAUGCAAAUGAGGAUGUUCCCCUAGAACAACCGACUCCUACUGUAGAUCUGGGGCAACCUAAGAGAUUCCGUGUGGGGAAUAACUUACGUGAGGUUCCCAACAAACCAGUCAACCCUGUCCUGAGUCCAGCCACAUCUCUAGCCUUGCCUCCCACCACCCAUGGCCUGGCAGAGCACAAAAUGCAAUGUAUCAAGUGGGACAUACAGGACCGUGAUGGGAGACGCCACCUGAUUCCCCGAACACCCUUUCGCCCAAAGCUUGCACAUAAGUAAGGGGCUAUUCCAGAACAACCAUCUACUUAAGAGGAGGAUGAACCAGCUGUGAAUGUUAAUGAGGCAGUCUCAGACAUAAUGUCUGGACCCGCAUCAGCAUUCCCCAGACCUUUUUUCUGGUUUACCCAUUUCCAUAAAAUCCUUGACCUUCAUUUUCAGGCUCAAGGCAGGAAAAACUAUUUAAGUGUCUGGACUUGAAAAUGGGUUGGAGUAGAGCACAAAUCUUACUUCAUAUUAGCAAAGUCUCACAGGACAAAUGAUUUUAAUGCCUCUACUUCAAGGUGAUGUGAUCCCCUUCAUGGGGUGAUCCCAUCGCAUCAAAUAAUUAUGUAGUAAAGUAUCACUAGUAAUGUGCCUAAUACCUUGAGGCCUGUGCUUGUGAGAUGUAUGUGGAUUCAUACUUGGUACAGCUGAAAAAUGUGCUCAGUAGAUCAGAUGUUACACGUGUGCAAGGGGGUGUGUAGGUGUCCCUUUCUCAUGCACAUGCACCCACUGCAGAGCUAACAUUUGUAUGAAUAGAUACCCUAGUGCGAAUGAAAUAUUUUGUAUGAAUAAUACUUAGGACAAGGUGUAGAAUAUCAAUAGGGAUGGGGUGUUUUGUUAAGCAAAUUAUAUAUCAGAGAAACUUUAGAUUCCUCCUGUUUAGAAAGAACUUGAAGUAAUUCUUCAUGGUACACAUUGGUGAUUAGGCUAAUAAUUCCCUGUUUGUAUACACCAUUUCCCAUUAAGGUUGUCUUACCAUUUGCAAGAAACAUAUAGCUGAUUUCCAUAUGUGUUAAUUGAGAGAAAGCACUAUGAUUUAGCAGAAUGUGGGGACUUUUCACAGAUUCUGCCUUUUCUUUACAGCCCCCUGAACCCCCUUAAAUCUAGUGCAGCGCAAUGUAGAAGAGAGAUGGAGGUUGCAGAAAUUGCAUCUCUCCUGGCCCUGCGCCUUCCAUAUAACUCUUAGGACUAAUCCUAACCCGAGUUCUUGGAGACUGUGUAGAUGUCCCUGAGCAGGUGCCAUCCAGAUUCUGAUCAUUUUUCUGCCUGUGGCAAAGGACAAGAAAUUGCCCCAUUCCGUACCAUGUACAAAUGUCAAAUGAACUGGCUCUGUCUUGGUUGAACACAGCAGUCGGUGUUCCGCUUUGUGAAGAAAAAUGGGACGAAGGAACCUCUCUGUCACAAAUAUCCUUGGAAGGAAAGACAGUCAGUUUGGCUUUCCAUGUCUUCUAUCAUUUCAAAUAGAUGAUGUUUCUCAUGCUAAAUUAAUCCU